AAAACCGAUUGUAAAAGGCGAGAAGGAUAAAACCAUAUGGCCCAUCGCACUCAAAAAUACUCAGAAUCAUCUUGAUUCUAAGCUCUCCUUCUAGGUGAUACUUCCCGAUGGGUGUGGCUCCUAACUGUCAUCCGCCGCCGCCGCCGCCGCCGCCGCCUGCGGAUGAGACGGCGGUGUUACCUCUGAAUUCGCUGCCUCUGGGUUUCAGAUUUCGGCCCACCGACGAGGAGCUUGUUGAUUAUUACCUGAGACAGAAGAUUAAUGGUUAUGGCGACGAUGUCUGGGUUAUUCGGGAAAUCGAUGUUUGCAAAUGGGAGCCCUGGGAUUUACCUGACUUAUCAGUGAUACGGAACAAGGAUCCAGAGUGGUUCUUCUUCUGUCCCCAGGACCGCAAGUAUCCGAAUGGCCAUAGAUUGAACCGAGCAACAAAUCACGGGUACUGGAAGGCAACUGGCAAGGAUCGCAGAAUUAAGUCUGGGUCCAACUUGAUAGGAAUGAAGAAGACUUUAGUCUUCUAUAGUGGUCGUGCUCCCAGGGGGAAGAGGACCCAUUGGGUUAUGCAUGAGUACCGUCCCACUAUUAAGGAGCUUGACGGUACCAAUCCUGGGCAGAAUGCCUAUGUGCUCUGUCGCUUGUUUAAGAAACAAGAUGAGAGUCUUGAAGCUGAUGAAACAGAACGGACUGCGUCAACUCCUACUGUUGCUAAUUACUCUCCAGAAGAAAUACAGUCUGAUGCUGCUAUGGCUAUGGUAUCCCCGUCGCCAGCUCCAGAAGAUGAUAAGCGGCAGAUAGCUGCAUUCUGUGUUUCCGAGAACACUGAAGAAACCACAUCUAACGUAAUAACAUCAGCUGAUUGCCAUAGUGAUGGAGGUGAUGCUAACGACGCACAAACCCAAAAUGCGGAUAAAACAGCUUUAGAGGAGGAUCCACUGGUGAACCUUGAUAUAUUUAAGGAACCAAUAACUAGGCCAUUUGAUGACAAGAUGUUCUCCCCAAUACAUGUGCAUAUGCCGUCAGAAUUUUAUGAUCCAGUGUGCAAUGACUCAGAUGGUCAAUUUGGGCUGCAACUUCCAUAUGGUACAAAUGAGACAAAUAUUUCAGACUUCUUCGACUCAUACAUCAAUUGUGGUGACUUGUCCUGUGAAGACUAUAUCAGUCAAAAGCCAACCUCUGGCAUUCUAAAUCCUUGUGACAAUGGAUCUGGGAAUGGCUCAGAUGUGAAAAUGGCCGAUAUGCUGUAUUGGCAAGCUCUGCAUACUGCGCAUCCUCAGGAGGAAAUUGACAAGAGGGUUCCUUCCAUGAUAGAUGCAGCUUCAGACUUUAACAGACCCAUUACCUCUGAGCUCAGUGGUUAUGAGCAGAAGGGCAAUAUGAGGAUAUACGACAGCUAUCCUCCGAUGGCUUUGGCAUCUGAUGCUGCUUUUGACCCAGUCUAUGGCGUAUUAAAUAGCUGUCAAGAACCAAGAAACUACAAUACAGUUGGCGGUGAUAAUGGUGCUGGGAUCAGGAUUAGGGCUCGCCAAGUGCGAAGUGAACAGGUAAACAUGAACCCUAUGAACCAAGGACAGGGUACUGCUCCAAGGAGGAUACGUCUACAUAUAUCUACACCUACCUCUAAUGAAGUCGAGAAAGACGGGAGAUGUGCGCAAGAAAACCAUUAUUCAAAACCAAUUAUCACAUGGGAGACCGGAGCCUUAGAAAAUAAUGCUGCUGAAGAGGAUGCUACUCAUACUGGGAGUGAACCCCUGACUCCCGAGUCAGUUGACAGUAACAAGGUUUCUCCCCUGUUUGUUACAAAUGAAGAUUCCCUCUCAGGAUUGAAAGAGAGCUUGUUGUGCAAAUCAGUUCGGGGCACAUCAAAGGCUUUUUCUCGUGCCAGAGUCUGGGCAUCUACGUUGGUAGUCUCUGUCAGUUUAAUGGCCGCAGUAGUAUUUAUAGCUAACAGAUGGGGAGUUCUUGACUUUUGAGCUGCUAGACAAUUUGCCCCGUUGCAAUUUUUAAUUUUUGUGGGGUGGAUAGCAAGGCCCGUUGAAGAGAGACAUGUAGGUUGGCUGUUUUAGUUUGGAUGUUUAUAUAAAUACUCGUCUUUGUGCAUAUGUAGGCUGUUCCUUUGUAUGCAGCCGUUCUGUAGCUUCAGUUAUGUUAACUUGUGCAUCCUCCCCUCGCAACUUUUUUUGUGGCCUUCCUGAGCCUUGUAGCUA